AUGGACACCCUUGUGCACCUUUACUUUAACCAGUCCGAGCUGAAUGACGAGGUCAAAACGCUGAUUCUAAGUUGGGUGACCUUCUUCAAGAACAACUGGAACAGCCUGUUUAACGUGGACAAGGAAAUAGUCCUGAACUUGGAAUUCUUCCUGGACAAUAAAAAAUUGAUAAACAGAAAUGCCCCUCCGAACAAUGAAGUGUACUUACAUGAGCUGAAGAAGAAUCCGGAAAUCGUUUUGAAGUUCAUGAAGUUGGCUUUGCACUUGCUCUUGUGUAAGAUGCUACACAUAGAGGAGGACAGUACGGAGGAGGUUCCUCAAGAGGUGAGUAAGGGUAUCAGGUUAGACGUCGCGAGGACGGGUGAUGGGUGCAGCACUAGUGGCCCCAGUCCGAGUAACAUCCAGAAGGACAAGCCGCUAGUUGACGCUCAGAUGCGUGGCUCUGGAAAGCAUAUGAUAGGUGGCGGCCGCCCAGGUAUCCGCUCCUCUUCCCUGAGGAACCCUUUCAUCAGACGGGACGAAAUCAGCGACUUUGAAAAUGACGACCCAUUAAUCAACGAACUCAAGUGUGACCGCUACAAGGAAUCCGACUUGUUCAAGUCCUACUUCCUAACAAACAGAAUCACGAUCUAUAUAUACAACUGGAACAAGCUAAAUAAAUUUGAGGACCUGAAAAGUGAAAAAGUCAAUCAACUUAUAUGUCUCCGAGGAAGCGUGUUAAGAGUAUCCCCGAUACAACUGCUAAUCACAAGACUUGAUUUUAUGUGCGAGAAAUGCAAAAGCAUCAUCCAGGUAGAAUUCACAGACGGUAAAUAUGACUCCCCAAAAAAAUGUACAAAGGCGAAUUGUGAUAGUUUCUACUUCCACCCAAUUAGAGAAUCAGCCAAGUCGAUAGAAUACCAAAGAAUUAUUUUGAAGGAAAAUAAAAAAAUUUUAAAUAGCAUGAAUGAACAAAUGGAAGAUUCCAAUGUGAAAAAUCUGACAGCCACUUUGGAAGUUUCUAAAUUUUUUAUAAACACUUGUGUUCCAGGAAACUAUGUGGAAAUCGUAGGGAUCCUCAAGGUCAUUUCUUACAGUAACAAUUAUGUCAUUAAUGGAAAAAAUUCUAUAUAUAAUAUGUACGUAGAUUGCCUUUCUAUUUUCCCCUUGUCUUCUAAAAAGUACCUGAACAACAGCUCCUUCAACUUGGAGAAAAUCAAGCGUACAAAAAACAAGCUGUACAAUUCUAUGCUCUGGGAAUCCUACAUUGACAAAUUUGAGAAAAAAAUGCUCCUCUAUUGUUGGGAUGGGGAAGGGGCAAAUGGGGAUAAGCUGGACAGGGAAAAGGAGGGAGAUGAUAUGGGUAGAAGAGGGAAGGCACCCUCCAUUGGAGACGCCCCAAAUGAAACCCACCUCAGAAGUCUAACCCAAAUUGAGAACAACGCAGCACCAAUUUGUAUUCAAGCAUAUAGGCCCGUAGGGGGAGGGGCCAAUUAUGACGCCACUAGCGAAGUAGAUAUUAAGGCCAAAACGAACGUCUCCUUUGACGCAAGCACCAUGAAUAACUCCAUCGACAUGGAUUCCUAUGAGGCUCUAAUUUGUGAUGGUAUUGGUGAAAUGCUAAGCCAUGAUGUAACUACCACUUCGGGGGACAGCCAAAAUGGGCUGCCCCGAUGUCGUGACUCAGUAGAAAAUGUUUCCACUUCCAAUGGGCAGAAGAGAAGAAACACCGGGGAAGGCCUCAUUAGUAGAGAAGCCUCCGCAAGAUUGAAUGACAUCCAGUUUGAUGACGACGAGCUGUGCAUGUACGGGGAUUACAUCGAUGAGGAAACCUUGGGGGGUGGCAGGAAGAGGAGAAGUGGGCAAGGAGACUACGGCGCAGAGGGAGAGAUGGGAAAACUUGGCUGGCCAACUCACUCAAAUGGAACAAGCCAAAUGUGGCAGACAACGCAAAUGGAGAAGACAACCCAGUCGGGGAAGCCAACGCAUCAGGAGGACCCAAACGAUGACCGCCAUUUCAACAAGACGAAGCAAUUCGACGCAAAGGUCCUGGAAUUCAUAGAAGACAUGCACAAGUAUGGAAAGAACAAGUUUUACCUCCUCGUAGCUUCACUCUGUCCACGUAUAAUAAUGAGUAGUUAUAUAAAGGCAGGCAUUCUGCUCAGUCUCCUCGGAGGAAAAACGAUAUAUGAUGAGUACAAGCAAAUAAAAAGAAGAGGAAACAUACACAACCUACUGAUAGGAGAUCCAGGGUUAGGAAAAAGUAGACUCCUUCAAUACGUAAGUAACAUUAUCGAAAAGAGCUUAUUCAUUUGUAGCACCUCGACCAGCAUUAACGGCUUAACUGCAUGUGCAUUAAAGGAUGCCACAAACAAUGAGUACUCCCUGGAAGGAGGUGCACUAGUUCUAUCAGACAAAGGUAUAUGCUGCAUCGAUGAGUUGGACAAAAUUUCUCUAACCGAUCAACAGUCAUUCCUGGAGUGUAUGGAAAGUCAGUGCAUUAACAUAAGCAAAGCGGGGAUUGUGUGUAAUCUUAAGACAAGGUGUUCCAUUAUCGCGGCAUCCAACCCAAAGGAAGGAAAAUACAAUUAUAAUAAAACAAUAUUUGAAAAUAUUAAAAUCCCCUUCCCCUUGUUAACACGAUUCGAUCUAGUCUUCUUAUUAACAGAUAAAAUGUCGGAGGAGAAAGAUUACCAAAUUUCUAAUUACCUCAUUAAUUCCAACUAUGAUAGGGAAGGGAAAAAGAAAAAAAAAAAAAGAAAAAAGGAUGGGGAGAGGGACCCAUGGGGGGUGGAAGAGAAAGGUAUUCACAAUGAAGACUAUCCAGGUGAUCAUGGCAGCAAUGACAGUGAUGAAAGCGAUUGCGAAGAUGAAGAUAUUUUCUCCCCUAAAAAUGACCUCAUGAACAAGUGUAAACAAAUCAAUGAACGUAGUUACCUACCCGUGGAGCUCCUCGGAGCCUUUAUAAAGUAUUGUAGGAAAUGUAUUUUUCCCAUCCUAUCUGAUGAAGCUAAAAAGUACAUAAGAAAAUUCUACCUACAUUUACGAAGUCUUUCUAUGUCACAGAAUUAUGUAAGCUCCCCCAUCACCAUAAGGCAGCUCGAAUCUUUAAUUCGCCUGUGCCAAGCCAGGGCAAGAGGAGAUCUUUCCAACGUAGUAACUCUGUACCAUGCGAAGGAGGUCAUCGAAAUUUACCAGAAAACCAUUUUCUACCCUUCCUACGUGAAAACCCUCAAUUUUAGAGAAAAACCGGUCAAAAAGGCGAAGAGGGGGAAAUCGGUCGGCGCCCUUUCGAGCGUAUUCAAGGAGAGCAUCAUUCAGCUCGUCAGGAAUGGAAAAAAUAAAAUUUUCAACAAGGACCUGCGUAACCUAGCCAAGUCGGUCAUCCAGGCAGCGGAGUCGUACAUCUCGGACGAAGCGUUAAUUCACUUCUUGAACAACGAGGGGUUUAUCUUGUACAAGGGUGGCUACUGGCAGGUGGACCCAUUUUACCUGGGGUAG